GGGGCGGGGCCUCCCCGGAGCGUUGACAACAAAGGGUCACUGACGGCUGCCGGCAGAAUCCGCGUCUCCAGUGCUCGGCUCCUCAGUGCACUGACCUGCCGCGCUCCAGAUGAAGUGUGAGCACUGCACCCGGAAGGAAUGUAGUAAAAAAACAAAAACUGAUGACCAAGAGAAUGUGUCAGUUGAUGCACCAAGUCCAGCCCAGGACAAUGGAGAGAAGGGAGAAUUCCAUAAGUUGGCAGAUGCUAAGGUAUUUCUCAGCGACUGCCUGGCAUGUGACAACUGUGUGACUGUGGAGGAAGGAGCCCAGCUUUCCCAGCAGAGUACCAAGGACUUCUUCCACAUCCUGAACCUUAAUAAGAAAUGUGAUACUUCAAAGCACCAAGUGUUGGUUGUGUCUGUGUGUCCUCAGUCUCUGCCUUAUUUUGCUGCUAAAUUCAACCUCAGUGUCAUCGAUGCAUCCAGAAGACUCUGUGGCUUCCUCAAAAGUCUUGGGGUGCACUAUGUGUUUGACACCACAAUUGCUGCAGAUUUCAGCAUCCUGGAGAGUCAGAAGGAAUUUGUGCGUCGAUAUCACCAGCACAGUGAGGAGCGGCGUGCACUGCCCAUGCUGACCUCUGCCUGUCCUGGCUGGGUCCGAUAUGCUGAGCGGGUGUUGGGCAGCCCUCUAACCCCUCAUCUGUGCACUGCCAAGUCCCCUCAGCAGGUCAUGGGCUCCUUGGUGAAGGAUUACUUUGCCAGACAGCAGAACUUGCCUCCAGAGAAGAUUUUUCAUGUUGUUGUGGCUCCUUGCUAUGAUAAGAAACUGGAGGCUCUCCGAGACGGAGUCUCCACUGGUCUGAAUGGAGCCAGGGGCACUGACUGUGUGCUGACAUCAGGUGAAGUUGCACAGAUAAUGGAGCAAAGUGACCUCUCGGUGAAAGACUCUGCUGUAGAUACUUUGUUUGGAGACCUGAAGGAGGUAGCAGUGUGGCGUCAUGAUGGAGUGAGCUCAGAUGGGCACCUCGCCCACGUCUUCAGACACGCAGCCAAGGAGCUGUUCGGCGAGCACGUGGAGGAGAUCACCUACCGUGCUCUAAGAAACAAAGACUUCCAUGAGGUCACUCUGGAGAAAAACGGGGAGGUCUUACUGCGCUUUGCUGCUGCAUAUGGCUUUCGUAACAUCCAGAACAUGGUCCUGAAGCUCAAGAAGGGCAAGUUCCCAUAUCACUUUGUGGAGGUCCUUGCAUGUCCCAGAGGAUGCUUAAAUGGCAGAGGCCAAGCACAGACAGAGGAUGGCCAUGCAGACCGGGCACUGCUGCGUCAGAUGGAAGGUAUCUACGCUGACAUCCCUAUACGGCCCCCAGAGAGCAGUGCACAUGUGCAGGAGUUGUACCAGGAGUGGCUGGAGGGCACUGAGUCCCCCAAAGUCCAGGAGGUGCUGCACAGGACAUACCAGAGUUCAGAGCCCUGCACAGACAGCCUGGAUAUCAAGUGGUGACGAAGCCCAGAGGUCAGGAGGGGACACUUCAAGAAACAUCCAGUCAGUCCUUUGACAGUGUUCUGCCGACGCAUAGCUUCACCUGGUGCCAUCUUUGUAGUGUGUGCGGAGUGGAAUGUUUCAAUUGGGAGAAGCACUUCCUCUGUCUGAGUACCCUUUAUCUCCUGAGAUUGAGAAAAAUCUCAGCAAGAACAGAGUCAGAACACAGUCUUUAGGUUUUAAAAAAAUCCAAAACAUGUUCUGGAAGAGCUAAAGCUCCGGGUUGUGAUUCAUGCACCUUAGCUCAUUGCUGCAAAGAUAUAGAGGCAGCAAGAGAGCCAGGCUGCUGUGCCACCAUGUAGCCUCCUGUAGCUGUGCCACCAUGCCCGUAGCCUCCAGUAGCUGUACCACCAUGCCCGUAGCCUCCAGUAGCUGUGCCACCAUGCCCGUAGCCUCCAGUAGCUGUACCACCAUGCUCAUAGCCUCCACGCAGGCCUGGCCUCCCUGUCCAGUUUGCCUCUUUCACUCAUACACAUCUUAAAUAAUUUUUAAGUUCUGGGUCUGGUGAGAUAGCUUAGCAGGUAAGGGCAUCAGAGAACCAAUUCCCGAGGGACCUCCACCCACAUACCAUGGCGCACUCAUACACACACAGAUGAAUAUAAAAAAAUAAUAAUUUUAACUUGUAGCAAUAGUGGGCCAUGUUCCUCACAGACACCAGAGGUCAGUAACCAUUGCACUCAACCAGCAGGGCCAUGUGAGCAUUGGUGGAUGAGUUAGACCUCUGCUUGACCUGUGCAUUCAGCCUUUGAGUUGGACUCACCUCACAGGGGGAGGCUGAGGGGAGUGGUAGAUGUCUGCAGAGUGGAGCACUUACCUGGCAUGUGUGAGGCCUGCAUUUGAUCCCAAAUACAUGAAAAAAGAAACAAGCAGAACAGAUUUGAGAGGGCUGCCCACCUAGGCUUUGGGUUGUGAAAGAGGCCCUAGCUCAUUGGUACCUUGGUGGUGUGGGAAGAAGAGCUGCGACUCCAUAGACCCUGGAAUGGGUGAGACAGCUUUCUCAUGUUCCGUCUCUCUAAGCUCUUUAGCACUUUCAGCUGAGACAGGAGGGUCUUCUCAUGCAAGUUGGCCUGACCCACCCCUCAGCAAAGUUCUCUGUGGCAGUAUCCUAGUCAGCAUCAGUACUACAAGCCUGAGCAUGUGUUAGAAAGGGAAGCAGCAUAUUCACAUACAGGAAGAGCUGCACAGUGAGGAACCCUACAGAGCUACGUGACGUGCAUUAGAGCUGCCCAGGACGUAAAUGCCUAAAGAGGCCCAGAAGGGGUUGAUGAAGCAUUUGAAUUGCUCACAUGUGUAAGGUCUUGACCCCUCAGUGUUGUUACUCCUGUGAACCUGUCUAGGUGCGUGACUGGAUAUGCUGUGCUAAACUAUACUUUUUUUGCUUUCAAUCUAUAUGCAUUUGGGUAUCCAUCCACAAAAAGGAUUGAUUAUGUAAUAAACAGUGUUCACAGGG